UCACAGCCAGGUUUCUCUGUUGAUUGCCAAGUCAGCCAGACUGUUGCUGUUGGCAGCCAGCUGGCCCACAUAUCCAUCACAGUCUGGAUGAUCUACCACUCCACAGAGAAGUUUGGUUGCUUGCUGUAAUUUCAAGGCACAGGAGUAUGGCCAUAAACUAGAUUAUUUAAUUUUGGUGAGGAUUUCAGUACAAGUCAUGACAACUACAGAACAAAAUGCUGUUAAUAAAUCCUGGGAACUCUCGUUGUAUGAACUACACAGAACACCGCAAGAAGCUAUAACUGACAAUACAGAAAUCGCCGUCUCCCCACGCUCCCUUCACUCGGAACUCAUGUGUCCAAUAUGCCUCGACAUGCUAAAGAAUACUAUGACCACAAAGGAAUGCCUUCACCGUUUUUGUCAGGAAUGUAUCAUCACAGCAUUAAGAUCGGGUAACAAAGAAUGUCCAACGUGCCGUAAAAAACUAGUAUCGAAGAGGUCAUUACGACCUGAUCCAAAUUUUGACACACUGAUUUCCAAGAUAUACCCAAGUCGUGAUGAAUACGAGCAACAUCAGGAACGAGUAUUUGCCAAGCUUAAUAAAAAUCAUAAUCAUGCCUCUCUGAUUACGUCAAUUGAAGAAGGCAUCAAGCUUCAGAUCCAGAGUCGCCAGAAGAAUCGUAAAGCCAUGCAAGAUGAAGGCACCACACCAACACCCACUCCAUCAGCCCCCCUCACUCCCACUCCCAGUGAACCUCCAAGUACCCCGACAACUACUAAUAUUAGCAGUGUAAAUGCCACAACUCCAACGAAUGCUGCAGCAGCUACUAAUGCCACUGCUCCAACAAAUGCGCAUCUUCAACAGUCGGGCCCAGGGUGAAAAAGCCUCGGAGAACGUCUGAAAAUGAGUCUGGGGCAGGCUCGAGUAAUGAUGGUAACCCAGGG